UUCGUGUCGGCCGUGCACAGCAGUUGCUUAUAAGCCAUAACGAAAAAUAUCAAUCACUAGAAAUCGCCCGCAACUUAUCGCCCAAAGGAAACGUGCGCGCGCGCAUUCUAAUCACUUGUUUCGAUAACAAAGUAACAGUUCUUUCUUGCCAACACCGCUGCCGCCGCUAAACAUUUUUGUUCGCGGGAAUUUGUCUUGCUAUUGAACGAACGCUUUUUUUCAAUUAACAACAACAAUCUCGACGUUAAGUGGAUUCUUAAUCUGUUGAAAAGAAUCUUCUACUCGCUUCACUUUUUUCUUUUCCACUCUGCUUUCGCUUUGUUUUGCAUACCGCGUCGACUGUCUGCCGCUCCGGUGAAUUUUAUUUGAAUACUUUCGAUAGCAUCGCCUUCGACGUUCCACCAGCGACACUUCUUAUUACGAAUACCGGAUCACGUCGCCUUUGUUGCACUGCAUUGCGUUAAUUGUGUACUCGAUUUGUUUUUGUUUGCUGAUCUUCCGGCCACUCCGCUUCGUGUAGAACUGCGUCUAGUAACUGUGCUGAGAAUUGUGUAAAGAUAAAAGACAAUUUGGCUAUAAAAUACGACGCAAAACCACAGCGAUUACAAACUAAUUUAUGCAAAGCUUACAGCGCAAAUUCUCUUGCUUUGCACAAAUUGUCGAAAUUGAACAUUGAAACAAGCGCAUAAAAAAUUGUUGCCUAAGUCAACUAGUGCUACAGUAUAGUACAGUGAAGGCAAACAAAAGCCACUAAUUAAAACUAAAACAACAAAAAAAGAACAAUUAAUUUUAAUGACAACUUGGCACAACUGAGAUUUGCUUAAUACGAUUACGUCUGUUGCGUACACCUGCGGUGAAAAGGAAGUACUAAAAAUAUAACCUAAGAAAACCGGCAACUUGACACACGCGAGCACAUUAAACGCGACAGCUGCGAUAAAACAAAACGACGCAAUUCACAGCGCGUAAAAAGCCACACCGCAGACCAUUCCAAAUAGUUUCAGUGGAAGUGAAAUAGCGAGCUUACCGAGCUUGUAAUCAAAGUGUGACCGAAGUGAAGUUAUCAACCGUGCAACUGAUUUAUUAACUAAGCUUUGAGCUACUUGCGGUGCUUUGUGCUAUCGUCUUCGUAAGCGUCUUAACGCUCAUAAGCCAUAAUUCAUUUUCGCCGAUAAUACUUGUGCUGCGCAACAGUUUUAUGAGUAACAGCGCCAUGGUUGCGGUCGCCAUUUGUUGCAUACUGGUCCUGCUGGCCGUCUUCAUUGUGAUCAUCAUAGUCGUUGGUCAGACGAUGGGUGAGCCCAAGUGAGAUAAACUUCAACUGGGACCCGGAAACUUCCCAGAUGGAUAACAAAGGCACUCGACGAAUUGUUAGUUGUUACCGAAUAAUAUCAAAUAUCCAUUGCGACUAUUGGCCACAGCCACAAAACGGCACACAUGCAUAUUGCUGAAUUUCAUGCGAAUCACCAUCGAUGACCGACGAGCGCCAUUGUUGACCCCAUCAUUUGUCAGGCAGCGCCGUAAGCAACAACAUCACACACAACAACAACAAAUCGCAUUUCAAAAUCACAUUUUGGAAAGCCAGUGUCACGCGGCAAGCCGACUGUAUUAUGCGUCAUCGGCAUCAUCAUUUGUAUACCAUCGGACCCAACGUCAGAACAAAAAUUGGCUGUGAUGUGAAACUAAAGAGACAUAGUAUGCAUGAAAUUUACUCAUAGACAAAUUGGAAAAUAUAGAAAAAUUAAAGAAUUAAAAUUACAAAAAAAUUAAAAAAAAAUUAAAUCGGCAAGAAAUUGAGUGUGCAAAAAUGAAAUUUCAAGUCAAUCACAAAUAUAACAACAACACAUUGUAAUAAUUAAAAUAAAUAAUCAGAAAUUUUAGAUAAAUUUAAUGCAAAUAAAAAGAAGAAGAAAAAAAGAACGCGUUAAAUGUGAAAUAUACAUACAUACAUACAUAUAUAUAUUAGUAAAUUAAAUUAAAUUAAAGUCAAAUAGUGUUUUUGAUAACGGUGUUAGAAUUUCGAUGUUUUUAAAGAACAAACAAAUCACAGAAAAUAAUAUUGUAUACUCAUUUUAAUAAUAGAUAUUUGUAAAAAAAAUGGAUUUUCAUAUGUCAUUAAUACAACAACAUCCAUAAAAAGAACAGCACUCAAAACAAUUCACAGCAUUAUUCCUCCCAGUACUAAAGCAGAAGAGAAGCUCAACUAGAAUCAACCCGGAACUAAAGUAAAUAGUCUUCACGGGAACGAGUAAAUAUAACGGAAAUGAAGUGAGAAAUCUUACACGAUGUAUGGCAGAUUAUGGAACCACCAAACGCAGUGGCUGAGAUGUGAACAAGCUACGAAACUGGGUAGCGUCUCCUAUAAGCGAAAGCGCAAAAAAUUGAAGGAUGCACAGUGGAGCUCAACAACAAGUGAAUUUUAAUAUACUGUAAAAAACUGUAGUCGGAAGUAUUACUCUUCAACAAAAUUAUCUGGAACUUUAAAAAUCUGGCACUGACACCGAGAAACUUUGAAAAGAAGUGGAUUUAUAUUUGAAAAAUUAUCUUCGGAAAAGUUGAAAAACCACAUUCUAUAUUCCAACUUCUUCGAAUGAAUAAAUACUUACCACAUUUCUCAAACUUUAAACCUUCAAGUUAAAUUGAAGUUUAUUGGAGAGUUGCAAAGUCAAAUCAUAUCAUUUGUAACGAUGAAUUUCCCCACACAGUAUACAAUUAAAACGCCAAAACUCACAUUCAGAUUUCAUGGUGGGCAUGAGUUCCCUUAAAAUAACGACAGUAUUAUACAAGUUCUCCAAAAAAAAAAAUAUAAUAUAUAAAUGGAAAUAAAUAUGAAAACAUUCAUUGAAGUUAAAGUCGACGAUUCAGAAAAUAAUAUAAGCAAAUACAAAAAAAAUAAAAAAUAUGAAAUUUUAUAAUAAUUUUUAUAUGUUUUCAAAAGUUCAUAAAAUAUUUGAAAAAAACUACAGCAAUAGUUAAAUUUAAACCAAAUAAUUAAUGUACAGCAGAAUACAACAGCCAAAUAGUGUUAAGUGAAUAUAACAUAUAUCGUACAAAACCAAUAACAGAUAACAAAUAACAGUAAAUAGUUCCAGGUUAAAGAAUUAACAGACAAUUCAGUGUUUUCAUAUGUAUACAAGUAAAGUUUGUCGUUUAAAAGUUGACUAAUACACCAUGUCGUAUACGUAACGCAUUCAGUUAGUGUAUUAUUCUACAUAUAUGUAUUGUAUGUGUUUACUGUAGUUUUUCUACAACAACAAAGUAUUAAGUGAAUAUCAGAUUUUAAUAAAUAAUUAAAAGCAACAAAACAAC